CUUUGUCAUCUUGCUGGCCAUACUCUUCCUUUUCAUCAGUAAGAAGCUUUGUUUCGCUCAUGUCGGUGGACUGCCAUGCCUCGAGCAGUACAGCCGGCGCAAACGUAGAGACCGUUCUGGGAUUCACCAGGGACUCGUAACAGCAUGAAGGAAUUCAAUGGGUCUUCUGUGCAUCUGAAAAUAGACCUUCUUUUGAGCUGUUGGGGAAAACAUUUUGAAAUCUGAUGGAAUGGCAGACAUUCCUCAGUCAGGUAUCCCAGCAUUCACUUCAUGGAUCGCAGAGAUUUCAGAUGCUUUUUCCAAUGGCUUUCGCCGCCUCAGCCUAAACCGCGUUGUUGACUCUGAGGUGUCAGUGAAAGAUGAGAGUUCAGAGGUGGAGCAGAACUUGAUGGAUGUUCAUGGAUAUGGAGUGGAUCCACAGGAGAAGCUGGCACUCCGAGAUCAGGGCAGUAGGUUUGAAUAUGCCCUCUCGGUCGAACGUCUGACUCCCAUCAGAGAAGAGACCGAUGAGCUGGAGAGCAGGAGAAGUCUGCUGGCUUCACGCUGCUCUGAUGCUGUGAAUAGUUCCGGUGAUGAUGGUGAGAUUUCCAGCUUAUCAAACAGCGGUGAGGAGUUAGCAAAGCAGUUUGAGAUCACUGUUUCCCACUCACAAAGCUUCCGUUCGGGGGUUAUGGAGCUCCACACCCAGAAUGCACCAGGCCAACAUCAAAAAUUUAAACAGUUGGUGUCUGACCAGGAAGAAGGAAGCACAGAUCCAUCUGACUGUGAAGAAGCUGAGAGAAACAGUGUGCAGAGUUUUCAGGAUCCCCUCUCAUCUAGGCGACGUGUAGGGUCUGAGCCGAGAGACCCGCUGUCACAGAGUCCUCUUUCUGAGGACCGGGCGCUCACUGACCCCCUCUCUCUGAUGGCAGAGCAGAUAUCUGUGGGCUCCCAGGACACAGGGGACGGUCUGGAAGCUGUACCCAGGGAUGAGCGCAGUCGUCUGGGCAGUGUGGGGCGGCAGACUCCACAAAGGAGUCUGGCAGUCGACAAUCAUGGUUACGACAACAGUGUGGCUACGGAUAGUACACCCACAUGGAGUCCUGAGCAUGAACAAUCUCCAUCCCACCCUCUGAGCACUUCUCCUCGUGGGCAUAUCUCAAAAUGUGGUGACCUCACACUUGCCCUCGACUACCGGGCUGAAUCCCACAGGCUCCUGGUCACAGUGAUAAUGGCCCAAGGCAUUCCAGACAAGGCACGGAGCGGCAUGGACUCCUGGCUGGUGCACGUGGUGCUGUUACCUGGGAAACGACAGCGGCACAAGACGGCCGUACAGAAAGGCUCCAUGCCCAGGUUUGAGGAGACAUUCCGGUUCUCACAUCUAGAACUGGGGGACCUGGGUUCCUCUGCACUCCGGUUCCGCCUGUAUGCACUGGGGAAGAUGAACAAGGAGAGGAUGAUGGGAGAGGCCAUGUACAGGCUGAGCAGACUGACUCAAAUAGGGCGCUUCCAGAUCACGCUGGUGCUGGAGCCACGUAGUAAUCUCAAGACAGUAGACUCCCCGGUGUCUUUGGGUGCUCAGAGUGACAGUGCUUCCUCCACUCAUUCUGUUUCUCAUGGUGGAAACCCAGAACUACUGCUGGGUUUAUCAUAUAACGCCACCACAGGACGACUGUCUGUGGAGAUCAUUAAAGGCAGCCAUUUCCGUAACUUCACACUCAACAGACCUCCAGAUACAUUUGGCAAGCUCACUCUGUUAAACUCCAUGGGACAAGAGAUUUCCCGCUGUAAGACGUCCAUCCGUCGCAGUCAGCCGAAUCCUGUCUUCAAGGAGACGUUUGUCUUCCAGGUCGCGCUGUUCCAACUCUCAGAUGUCACAUUAAUGGUCUCCAUUUACAAUCGGCGGAACAUGAAACGCAAGGAGAUGAUUGGCUGGGUGGCUCUGGGCCAGAACAGCAGCGGUGAGGAAGAGCUUCUUCACUGGCAGGAUAUGAAGGAGAGUGGAAACCAGCAAGUCUGCCGCUGGCACACACUACUUGAAGCUUAGAGGAGAGAUAGAAGUCUAAUCAUUCAUAACUACUUCAUCCAGCUGGGUUCUCCUUUGGGAAGGAGGCGAAAGCCAAGACCAAAAUGCCCACAAAAACAGAAAUGAACAAGCACUUUUAACAGUUUCAAAGAAAGAUAAUAAUGCAACUGUGAAAAUCUUUGAAGCACACACAAACACAAAGAAACACCCACACACCACUUUUCUUUCUCCCUGGGAGUACUUGAUAUAGUCUCUUAUCUGGUAAACCGGAAAUGACUUCAUGGCGUAAUAUGCUGACUACUCUCUUCAACUCCAGCAGCAACCAAUCAAAACAUAUUAUUGCCAAAGCCACGGUGAUUGUCGCCUAGUGAUUUCAUGAAUGGAGGAUUGAUUUGAAAUGAUAAUGUCUUUCUUCAGACACCAGUAGCAGUUUUGGCGAGACCAAAUGUUAAACUGUUGAACACGUGCACUUUCAAUCAGGCUCUCCUACUGGUGAGAGUAAAGCUGUUUCUUUUUGUUACAUUUGACAUCUUUUUAUUUUAUUUUACGACAAAAUAUGACUUUAUGCCGGGCAUAUUUGACCUAAAAAAUAUAUUUUUGUCAUUAUUUACUCACCCUCGUAAUGUUCCAUUAUGAAUUGUUUUGAUUCUACUAAGGAAAACUAAUGUUUUUAAACUCUUUUCAGAAAUUUCAUUGAAUGGGGACUGGUGCUGUUCAGGCUUAAAAAAUACUAAUUUUAUUCAUUGAAAAUCUAGAAAUCCAACUUUGUUCUACUGGGCAUGUUUACAAGUGAAUCUGAUUAGCGAAUGAAUCCUUUUACUCAAUUUAGUUCAAUGAUACAUUUCUCAACAAUGGUAUGAAUGAUUCAUUUGAAGAGAUUUAUCUGGUUCACAAAUUCAUUUGAAUCAGUUCCUCGAAGAUCUGAUCACAAAUGCUUAACAGACCACUGGAGAUUAUUAUUGCAUACAUUUCAAAUGUCAAAUGUAUUAGUUUUUUUUAUAAUGCUUGUGAAUCCAUCUUGAAGCUUAAAAGCUCCAGUUCCCUUUUUGUUUCAAAAUUCUUGGAAAGAGACCAAUCCUACAUACUAAAACUCAGAGCACAGACACUUAUGCAUGUUCAAGAAAAUCUUCAGACAAACUUAACUCUGUCCUUAUUACAUUAAAACCCAAACUAUUUUCUAAUGCAUGCCUGUAAUGCUUUAUGCAUAUAUAAAGUGCCUGAUCUGAUCAAACCUUUAUGGAGCUUUUAUUUAUAGCCUGUGUUAUUGGAUAUAAGCAUGAAAAACUCCGGAGCAUUACAAAUGCAUCGACCACAGUGUUUUAAAAAUCAGUACUGCCUGUUUUGCAUGCAUUCAAAAACAAAGUGGUUUUUUGGAGAUAAAUGCAUAUAUUUUGGCUAUUAUUAAAGACAUCCCUAAUACACUA